UGAUAUUCCCUAUUGCUAAUGAAAGGCCUCGUUGAUAUCGUGUUGGUGGUGAUAGAGGUUUUGGUGGUUCUUACGGCAAUGCAUCCUAUGGUAGGGGAGGUUCUCUAUACGGCAGUUAUGGGAGAUCUCCAUACAGUGGUGCUUCAAGUGGUGAUGGUUAUGGUGGAAAUGUAGAGGGAGGUUAUGGUGGAGGGCCAGGUGGAAAUUGUGGGGCCAGUGGUGCCGGCAAUAACUAUUGUGCUCCUAACAUUUUGGAACUAGCAAUGUGACUGGCAGUUACGGUGGAAGUGGGGUGAAUUAUGGAAAUUAUGAUAACAUCGCUAGUGGAAACACUUACACCAGUGAACACUUACACAGGGAGUCUCGGGUGGUAGAUAUGAUUAGACCUGUCAAAAAAGCCCAUAAUCACAAGGUCUCCUUUAUUAAAUUUUUUAUUAGGCCCCAUAUUUUGAGCCCCUUUAAUGAAUCUUUUUCGGUUGCUCCAACCCACUUUUUCUUAGUUUUUUGUGGACUUGGGCCAAAGGGCCUCAUGGCUCCAUUUUCUGUUUUCAUUUUCACAACUGAACAUAAAUCAGAAUCACCGUUUACACAUGGAACUGAUGAAACCCUAAAUCAAAGCAGCGCCUUCUAUUUCUUCCUCCGUUCGUUUGGUUUCGACCACCGUCACGGUGGAUUCUCAUUCUCUUCACCAUUGAUUUGUGUUCAGGCCACCAUCAUUGUUGAUUUUAUGAAGUCAUUUACCCAUCAAAAUGAGGAUGAAUACAAUGCUUAUAUCUGUGAGGAUGCAUUAAAUACUACUAUCAUCGACUCACGAGGUGUCUGGAUGGGAAAGCGCUACUUUGUUUCAAUUGGUUUUAUUUGUUAGAUGUUAUAUUUGAAACUUGUUCGUGGAUGAAAAAGUGCUGCUUCGUUUCAAUUGGUUUUAUUUGUUAAUGUUAUAUUUGGAACUUGUUUAUGGAUGGAAAAACGCUCGUUUCAAUUGAUUUUAUUUGUUAGAUGUUAUAUUUGAAACUUGUUUGUCCGCAUAUAUCUUUAAAUGUUUGUUUUGUUUUUAUUCGUCAUUGUAGUGAC